UCCUGCGCACGCUGUGUGGCCGCAGCCGCCGGGCGGUGGGCGCCGAAGGGGCCGGGAGGCGAGCCGGGGUCCCCAGGCGGGUGUGGGCAUCGUAUCCUCAGGCAGCGUCCCCCGAGGCCGCGGUGGGGCCAUGAUUCACUCGGUGAAGCUGCGCCGCGACAGCGCGGCCGACUUCGCCUCGCACUAUGAGUACCUGUGCGCGCUGCAGGACUCGGUGCCUCUGCCCGCCGUGCGCGCUUCCCUACGGGAGGGCGUGCUGGACUUCAACGCCGACCGCCUCCGCGGGGUGGACUGGGCGCCGCUCCUGAGCACCCUCAAGAUUAAUAAAGAUCUGCCCCUGAUCUGUAUCAAGAGCUUCUUCCAGCCAUGGCUUGGCGAGACAGUUAUUUGUCAAGGUAUAAAGAACUCUAUCACUCUUAAGACAGUAAACUUCACGGGGUGUAAUCUGACAUGGCAGGGAGCAGAUCACAUGGCCAAGAUCUUAAAGUAUCAGACUAUCAGGAGGCAUGAAGAAACCUGGGCUGAGAGUCUUCGUUACAGGAGACCUGAUCUUGACUGUAUGGCUGGUUUGAGGCGCAUCACUCUGAACUGCAACACGCUCAUUGGUGACCUGGGUGCAAGUGCUUUUGCAGAAUCUCUUAGUGAGGAUUUAUGGCUUAGAGCACUUGACCUGCAGCAGUGUGGCCUCACCAGUGAAGGAGCAAAGGCUUUACUAAAGGCCCUUGAAACCAACAGAACUCUGGUCGUUCUGGAUAUAAGAAAAAAUCCACUUGUUGAUCAUUCUGUGAUGAAAGCGGUUAUCAAAAAAGUUCUCCAGAAUGGAAGGAGUGCCAAGUCAGAGUACCAGUGGAUAACUUCUCCAUCUGUGAAGGAACCAUCCAAAGCUGCUAGGCAGAAAAAGAGAACUAUAAUUUUGGGAAGUGGUCGAAAAGGAAAAGCUACUAUUAGAAUUGGAUUGGCCACAAAGAAACCUGUAAGUAAUGGAAGGAAACACUCUGCUGGUAAAGAAUGUUAUGGUCCUGAACCUCUACCACCUGGUGUGUCUGGUUUCCUGCCGUGGCGUACUGCAGAACGUGCAAAAAGCAACAGGGGUUUUCCAUUCAUCAGACUCGUGAUGUAUGUAGUCAGGUCCAUCAGAAUUUCCUGUGACUGUGACAGUAGAGAGUCCUUCCUCCUCAGAAAUCGAAGAGGUCGAAGAUUCCUCAGAAAGUGUUCAGGAAGAGCCAGAGAAAAUCAGUUUGAAACAAGAAGCAUUGCAGCCCUUCAUGCCCACUCAUUGACAAGCAUGAUCCUGGACGAGGAAGGUGUUUUGGGCAGCAUUGAGAAUUCUUUUCAGAAGUUCCAUGCUUUCUUGGAUCUCCUUAAAGAUGCUGGGCUUGGUCAGCUGGCCACAAUGGCUGGUAUAGAUCAGUCAGAUUUUCAUUUACUAGGUCGUCCCCAGAUGAAUUCUACUGUUAGUAGUCCACCUAAAGAAGAAAAGAAGGCACUUGAAGAAGAAAAAUCAGAAUCAAAGCAGAGUGCCUUAGGACAAAUGCAAAAUAUCCAAGUUUCUAUUUGUAUGCAGUCAGCUUACAAUGAAGGAACACUAAUGAAGUUUCAGAAAAUUACAGGUGAUGCUAGGAUUCCUUUGUCUCUCGACUCCUUCCAGGUCCCAGUCUGUACUCAGGAGGCCUUAGAAACUUCCAAAGAUAACCUGGGGUUUACAGUCACAGAGCAGCGACAGGAGUCUUUUGAAGAUUUCAUUGCUAGAACGUGUCCUCCUUCAGUAGAUGUCAUUUCUGGAACUGGAAGUCAAAGAAAAGAAGAGGAAUUAUCUAGAAAUAGCAGGUCUUCUUCAGAGAAAAUGACCAAAGCAGAAUCCCAUUGAAAUGACUGGAGAAAUAUUAAAACAAAAAUAAAUUAAUAGCAGAGUUGCAAAACCAGAAAAUGAACAAUGUGGACUUCCUAGAAGAUAAAGAGCAGAUUAUUGAAAGAGGAGUUAAUUGAAGAGUGGAACAGCUAAGCCGUUCCACUUACCGCUUUAUGGAGUACCUAAUUAUGGAGUUUGCCAUCAAGCUCAGGCUAAGAAAGCAGCUCUCUGAAGUGGGGGUCCUGACACAGGAAACACUGGGAUUGGAGAAUAAGGGCAUUAUCCAAAAUGACUACAAGCAGGAACUGAAGAUAAGCUGCCACACUUCCAGUUACGGUGACCUGCCACUCCCUUUAUAAUCACCAGAGUGCCUGUAAUCAGAAUUUGUAUUCAUUGAAAGUGAACCAGAAUUCUCAUUUGGCUGAGGAAAAUCACUUCAAACCUUAGUCUUAGGCCCUCAUCUAUAAAUAUGCCAAGAAUCAUCAAAUUUGAAGAAAACCACUAACAUAAAAGGAGAUACCAAAUUAAAACAAAUUAACGUGUUCAAGAAAGUAGUUACUAGAAGAAACAGAAGAAGUUUAAAAAUUAAUACAAUUAGGAUCUUCAAAGAGUCAUGGGGAUGUUGCAUCCAUAAAGAAUAGGAUGCUAGGAAAAAGAUAUUUAGUUUUUGGAAAUUAAAAAUACGAUUGUGAAAAUAGAACACUCAGAAGAUGGACUAGAUAGCAGAAUAGAUUCAGUUGAAGCUUGAAUUCAUGAAACGGAAGAUCUGAUUGAGAGAUACCCUUAAUAUGCAUUGCAAAGGGAUGAAACAUAAAAGUUAUGAAAAAGAAGUGAGACAACUAGAAGAACACGGGAAUUGGCAUACAGUAAGUGCACAGAUAUUUGUUGUA